AUGUUUUGCUUCGUGUCCGAUGUCUUUCUCUAUGCUGUUGUUGUUUGAGUACUUCCCGAUCAGACAGACUGCUGGUGUGGCUUCUCUGGUGUUUUAAUGUACUUGCUGUAGGCCCUACACUUUGUUUAUAUAAAUUAGGUAUCUAGUUUGGGAAAUUUUAAGUUUUUAACCAAAGUCAAGAAUUUUCAGUUGAUUCUGUUUUGCAUGUACUCAUUACAAUAAUGGCCGAAGGAGGAUAUGACCCGUGCGAGUGUAUAUGGUCCCGUGAGGGCGCUAUGCGGCGACUAAUAUCGCUGCUGCGUAAUUCACAGACGACCUGUACAGAAAAUGAAUGUAUAAAUUUACCAUCACCGGAAAGUGAUGGUGGUUACAACUUCAUGAUGUUGCUGAUGGGUUGGGUUGUACUAGCGGUUGUUCUAUUUCUGAUGCGACCAAACUCAAUGAGAAACAGAGGAGAUGAUAAACCAAGAAAUCAAGCUCCUCCACCACCUCCUCCUGCACCAUCCGUUGAUUAGAAACCAUAUAUAAUAGAAGAGCUCAACUGUAGUUCAUCUAUAUUCUAUUCGUGUACCAAAGGUAUGGAUAGAGAACAGGUUCCACUCAAUGUAAUGGAAAAGCACAUGUUCCUCUACAACAGAGGUGGGCAUAAAAAUGGUUUGGAGAGCUAAAAUGAAUUUUGGAUUUUACACCGAGAGAGUGCACCCAAAUUUUGAUGUUUCCAGUGCACUUCCAGAAACCUUUGUGCACUUCUUAUACCGUUUUAAUGCUCAGUUUUAAUAUAACUUUGUACAGAUAAUCAGUGUCGGGCCUUAAAAAACAAGGUGUUUUCUAGCCAAAGAUGAUUGGCAGGCCGCACACAUAGGGUUUUUAAUUCAUUUUUGCGGGCUGCAAAAAAUUACUGUCGGUGGGGGGGGGCGCCACAUGUGGCCCGCGGACCGCACUUUGCCCACCUGUGCUCUACCAGUUACUACUAAAGGGUGCCUUAAAAAUCUGUCUUUUGAAUAAAUUUGUUUAGCUAAUUAAAGCUACUCAUACCAGCUUGUAGGCAUGGGGUCUUGUAAACAGUAUGUGCUUUAAUUACAAUGAGUAGAAUCUAAUUCCCUAUUAUUCUUUGGGAAAGUAACAGAAAAAUGUUGGAAAAAAACAAAAAAAAUUAAAAGAAAGGGAUUUUAUCAUAUAUUUUUUUAGACAGACUCAGCUGGACUGUUAGAGUUGAAGUUCUGUCAACGGGUUCCUAUGAUAUUCCCGUACAUGUGUUUACGGUAGCAUAACACUUUAAACAUAUUACUUAGAAGGGGAAGGGAAGUGUACAUACAUACACACAGGGAGAAAGUGGUGGAUAAAUUCUUUAUAUAUAUAUAUGUUUUUUUUUUAUCAAACUAAUAAAUUUGAUAAUUAUU